AUGAGUAUUAGUGCUGAUGCAUCUGCUAUAUUACCAUCAGCGUUACUAUCACGACCAAGCGUACGUCGAGGAUCAGUUUUUUCGGAUUUGGUUACAAUUUUUCGCCGAAGUAAUUCACAUCCAAAUCGAUUAUUUCGCUAUCUUUCACGUUCAUCAACUAGUAGUAGAUCGAAGAAGAAUGAAAAGCAGGAAGCCGGAAAAAAUCUGAAGCCAACAGCAUCUACUUAUGAGCAGAAUCAGGAAGAGGAAUUAGAAGAGAAUGGUGAACCGAUGAGUCGUCAAGUAUUGUUGGAUAAAAUUCGGGAAAAAAAGGAAGUGAUUGGAAAAUUACGUUGUCAGCCAUGGAAUAUGAAUCGCAAGCGACGAACAUUGAAAUUAGCGCAGAACUAUCUGGCGCAACAUGAAUCACGGGUAUCCAAGACACAUUUAUUGAAAGUAGAAUUGAAGAAGAGAUGGAGUGCGUUCUGUCGUUGGGCAGAUAACGUCAAAAUUUACCUGAUACCAUGGGAAGCUAAAAUUAAACGCAUUGAAAGUCAUUUUGGAUCCGUGGUAUCCUCAUAUUUUACGUUCCUACGUUGGAUUGUUUAUGUGAAUUUGAUAAUUACUUUGAUUAUAAUCUCAUUCAUCGUCAUUCCAGAGAUGCUGGCGGAUGCAGCAGCAGAUCCCAAUCGCGUUAAUCGUACUGCAUCAAGAAAAAUUAUCCCAUCACGAGAAUUAAUCCAUGCGGAUGAAUUACAAGUCGUCUCAAAUUUUGAUGGCUAUCUUAAGUAUUCACCGCUCUUCUACGGUUACUACAGUAAUGAUGAAUUUGUUGGAGCCCGAGUACGGUAUGCAGUACCAUUGGCCUAUUUUAUUAUUACCCUGUUUGUAUUCGGAUAUAGCUGCUUUGCAAUCCUCAGCAAGAUGGCGAUGAAUGCUCGGCUUAGUAAAAUGUCUGAUCAAAGAACGGAUCAGUAUAUAUUCAGUUGGAAAUUAUUCGGCGGUUGGGAUUAUACUAUCGGUAAUAGCGAAACAGCUAGUAAUACUGCAAUGGCUCUUGUCAUCAAAAUUAGGGAAUCGAUCGCUGAAUGUCGAGUAAAUUCGGAGAAGAAAUUCAAACCAUUACUUUUUUUGGCUCGAAUAAUAGCAAAUGCUAUUAUCCUUGCAAUGCUUGCAUUUUCAAUCUAUACGAUCUCAUUUGCCGUUGAAACAUCAGAAACAGUAGAGAAAGCUGGCAAUUUAUUUACAAAAAAUCAAGUACCGACAAUAAUUGCCACAAUAACCAAUGUUUUUCCAAUGAUUUUCGAUCUUAUUGGCCAAAUUGAAAGAUAUCAUCCGCGUACUGCUCUUCGAACUCAUUUAACAAGAGUUCUGGUUCUUUAUGUGCUCAACUAUAUCACAUUUAUCAUAGCGCUAUUUGAGAAGCUCGAUAAAAUUCGUGAUGAUGAAUUGAUGAAAAUUAUCAACGAGCAAAAUGCUAUGUUACUCCACGAUGAGCAAUAUCCGACAUCGACCAAAUUUCACAGUCGUAAUUUUGCUAAUAUCAAGCAAGCUAAUAUGUUCGCUAAGACAUCUUUAGAACGCUUUUCGAAUUAUUAUCAAAAAUCAUUCCAAAAUGAUGAGACGAUACGCCAGAAGCGUGAAACAUUAAACAAUACAUCAUCCAGAUCCAGAUUUCCGGGCAAUAUUACAGUAGAAUCCCAUUAUGGUCCAAUUGGUUUGAACAAUCCAAGUGCAUUGCUUGUUAAUAAGAGUUAUCCAUGGGAUCAGGGAAGAUUUCAAGCAAUUCGAAUUGGUCCACCAUCACUUCCAACUUUUCCGAUUCGACCUUUGCCACCUAAUCCAACAUUAAACACCAGUGUUCUUACGGAAGUGGGCCCACGUUGGCAAUUAAGAUCAAAAUGGCAACAACCAAAAACUAUGAUCAUGACAACAGCAGCAACAAUAAAUCAGAAAUCACAAAAUCAGUCAAAAAUAAUCUCAAAAACUUCUCGGACUCCAUGGAUUAAUAAAUGGAGACGAAAACCAACUAAAAUUUUAGAAAUGACAACUUCUAUUCCGGUCGUAACUGUUGAUUCCACGGAACGAAAAACCGCUACUACAAAAGCAUCUAUCUCUCUUACGGAUUUUGAUGAUAUGAUAAGAACCGAUAAUACCUCAAUUGAUGGAAUCAAAGGAAAUGAUACCAUUGCACCUGCAAUUUCUGAAAAAUUAAUGGUCGAUGUGGAUCGAAUAACGGGAGAAAUACCAGAGCAGAAAAUUUCAUCGAAUGAAUCCAGAAAGCCACUCGUUGAUGACAAAUAUUUUAAAGCACUAAGCAAUGAGACAGUUUAUCAAAUUGGAAAGCAAGCGCUUAUAACCGGUGAUGAACCGGAAUUAGGAAAUAAUUUUUGUUGGGAAACAAUGAUCGGACAGGAGAUUGCAAAAUUAGUCACUAUGGAUCUUAUAAUAACUAUUGCAUCAAUAUUCAUUAUUGAUUUCUUUCGUGAUUUAUGGAUUAAGUAUUGCAAUUCAUGGUGGUGUUGGAAUAUGGAAACAACUUUUCCGGAAUACGGAGAAUUUAAGGUAGCAGAAAAUGUACUUCAUAUUAUUAACAAUCAAGGAAUGGUAUGGCUUGGAUUAUUUUUUGCUCCUUUAUUACCUGCAUUAAAUAAUGUUAAAUUAAUCAUUUUGAUGUAUAUUCGAGGUUGGGCAUGUAUGACGUGCAAUGUACCUGCACGUGAAAUAUUCCGCGCUUCAAGAUCAAGUAAUUUCUACUUAUUGGUAUUACUUUUAUGGUUAUUGCUUUGUACAUUACCAGUUGGUUAUGUGAUCGCUUCCAAGAAACCCUCUUCUUCAUGUGGACCUUUUGCUGGUUAUGCUAGAUUUUACAAUGUGCUAACACAAAUAUUAGAAGGUCAAUUGGAUAGGAAAGUGAUAAAUUGGCUUAGAUAUUUUGCAUCACCAGGUGUUGUUAUACCAAUUCUUCUACUUCUUAUGCUAAUCAUUUAUUUUCUGGUAUCAUUAGUUCGAGGAUUGCAAAAAACGAAUAGCGAUCUUCAGCAGCAACUUGUGCAUGAGAGGACGGAAGAGAAGAAGAAAAUAUUCGAAUUAGCUGGUACCACACAAAGGAAAGGUUUUCAAAACAAUGAAAUAAAGAAGAAACAAAUAGUUACAUAUUUACCAUUAGUAGAACAAAAACGACGUGAACCAUGGAGAUUGUAUAAUGGGCAAGAUCGCGACUCGUCGUUGUGUGUUACAGACGAGACAAGCACUAUGACAAGUCCAGAUUCUGCACAAUCACCUUCACCAAAGAAUCUAAGGACGGGACAGUUAUUGCGACAAAAGACAAUUCAACAAGAAUCCGUAAAAGUUCUCAAGCCUGUGCAACAGCAAAUCACAGAGGAGAAUACGAACGAUCAAAGUGCAAGCGGAAGUGAAGUAGAAUCAAAAGGAAUAUUUCCGCCAUCAAGUACAGAUAAAGCGAACGAAUGGUUCAAACAUGAUGAUGACGAAGUUAAUGAGGUACAGUCCUACAAUGUGGAGAAUGAUGUGGUAGAGCCAGCCACAUCAGAGGAAGUACACAAUUUGAUGGGUCGAGUAACCAAAUCUAUGCGUAGUUCAGCAGUUUCUCCAGUUCUUUCUUCAAAAACGGCUAAUCCGAUCACCGUACUCUUUCCGACAUCAUCUAUUAGACGAGGUAGUUCCCGAUUAGCACUCAAUCAGAAUCCAUCACUGUACGACAAGUUCACUAAUCCUUCAUUCGAUGGCAAUAUGCACUGGCUGAUUGAUAGUUCGUUGUUUAACAAGCCAUCACUGGUACAGUUAUCACAGUAUGAACCUAAAACGAGCAAAGCGAUAUCACCCUCAACCACCAACUUAACUGUGCCAUCAACUUAUCAAUCGCAAAGUCCUAGCGAAAUUCACACUCCCAUAUCAAAGGAUGAAAGUGCGGCAAAUCAGGCUGCUUUAAGCUCGGAGCCACAGAUAUCAUUGAUCGCUGAUAGUAAAAUAAAAAAACCCAAAACUUCGAGUCGUUUAAGGACGAGCAAUAUCAAAGAUGCAGAACAUAAAAUAGUUCCUUGGCCACCCAUGAAAAAAGUUCAGUCUCAAGUUUCCGGAUUUUCGCAGCGGCAACAAAGAUCAGAUGCCGAUUUUGGUGGUGGUCAACCAUCAAAAAGCUUAUCAUCUCAUUCAUCUUACAUGAAAAUCGACAAUUCUGAAAAUCCUCGUCCAACAUCUCAAAAACAUCAUCAACGUCGCUUCCGCAUUUCAGUUUCACCAUCACGACGUUUUCAAAGUCAAAGUGGAAGCGAUACCGAUACCAGUACCGGAAAACGCCGUUACGUGAUAAGGCAGGAGAUAUUUCCGGAUUCGACAACAAGUAUUAACGUAAGUCAUAGCGGAAUUUCACAUCGGAAAUCAUCAACUCAUUCCUCACAUGCAUUCGAAAUUGAUAAUGGAAAAGACAAUUAG